AAUGCUUAGCGGGUGGAGAUAUCAAAGAACAGAGGCAGAGGCAGAGGCAGAGCCAAGUCUUGGACAACAUUAAUUUGCCUUCUUUCAUCGAAAUCCGAUACAGACAAAUCCCACGAGCCGACACACACAAAUAAUUUUUCCGACCAAAAAGGGAAAACUCGAAAAUAGUUCACCAAAGUUUUAGAUCUUUUUUUUUUUUUUUUUGUUUUUUCCACUUUCAUUCAUAGUUUCUAUAUAGAUAUACAAACGCACCCAAACCCCCGUAGACUCUCUGAGAAUUGGACUGUGAUUUUGUGUGUUUGAGAGAGAGAGAGAGAGAGAGAGAGAGAGUUAUCUUUGAUGGGCCUUAGCCUUGGUGUUGUGGCACAUCCAUGGAAAAUUCUCUCACUUCUUUCAUUUUUCUGAGCCUUUACAGACUACCCAUUACAGGGGUUCACCUCCUCCUCAUCUUCCUCCAUUCCCUUUUAUAACUCUCAAUCAUCUGCCGGUUUUCCCGGUUAUAGCCUCCUCCAUUUUCUCUCUCUGUUUUUUCUGUUUUUUUUUUUUUCAUCUCCAAGAAAAAAUUGUGCAUCUUGGGAUUUUCCAGAGAAAUCUUGAAAUAAUUCAGUCUCUGUGAUUAUUUUUUUCUUGUUUAUCCGUUAGGUUUAUUCAAAAUUUUUUUUUCAUCUUAAAAAUCAAAUCUUUUCCCAGAAAAAAAAAAAAAGUUUUCCUGUUUCUUCGGGAUUUGUUUGUGGCUAGUGUGAACCUUGAAUAUUUUCCCCCAAAAAACGAUAACCCCAGUUCCUCAACUGAGUUGGAAUAGAGGUAGUUUUACAAUUUUCAUUCUUUCAAAAAAAAAAAAAAAAAAGUCUCUCCAUCAUGCAAAAAUCAACCACACAUACAAUGAAGAUUUCAUUUUCGUGUUUAUUUGCUCAUGUUUCUCGGCAGUUAAAAAAGUGGAAAAUUUUUCGAUGGCCUCGGUGUUUCUGUACCAUGUUGUCGGCGAUCUGACGGUGGGUAAGCCGGAGAUGGUGGAAUUCUGCGAGACAGAGACGGUGGAUGCGGCAAUCCGAGCAAUAGGUGAGUCCACGGAAGGUGGAAUACCUGUUUGGAAGAGGAGAUCAGUUGCGGGAUUGGUGGAGACCAAUGAAAUGAGGCAGCAGAGGUUUGUGGGUAUUCUCAAUUCCCUUGACAUUGUUGCUUUCUUGGCUAAAAAUGAUUGCUUGGAGGCUCAAGAAAAGGCCUUGAAGACCCCUGUUUCCGAAGUUGUUGUUCCUAAUAAUUCCUUGUUGAGACAGGUUGAUCCUGGUACAAGAUUGAUCGAUGCCUUGGAGAUGAUGAAGCAAGGUGUGAAGCGUCUUCUUGUCAUUAAAAGUGGGGGAUGGAAAGGCAUGAGCAAGCGAUUCUCUAUUCUCUAUAAUGGUAAAUGGCUCAAGAACAUUGAUAUGCCUAGCGGGAGCAAUAAUAACCUUUCUAUCAAUACCAAUUGGCCUUCCUCAUCUUCAACCACAAGUCCCCGUGACAGGUUUUGCUGUCUUUCAAGAGAAGAUGUUAUUCGUUUCAUAAUUGGUUGCCUUGGUGCCCUGGCACCCCUGCCUCUCUCUUCCAUUUCCUCCCUUGGAGCCAUUAACCCAAACUACUACUCAAUAGAUGCCUCCUCCCCAGCCAUUGAAGCCACUCGGAAGCUUCCUGGAGACCCAAGUGCAGUAGCUGUAGUGGAACAGACAAUGGGCGACCAGUAUAAGAUCAUUGGAGAGAUCUCUGCCUCCAAACUGUGGAAAUGUGAUCAUUUAGCUGCAGCAUGGGCUUUAGCCAACCUUUCAGCUGGACAGUUUGUGAUGGGAGUCGAGGACAAUGUCGCUUCAAGGUCACUGCCAGAUUUCUCUGUGAAUCCAACUGAGGGCAACAACAAUCUAGCCAAUGCGGGUGGCAUCACAAGACAAAGGAAAUUCAGCAGCAGGAGUAUUGGGUUCAAUCCUUCGAGCCCGAGCUUUGGUGUCAGCAGGAGCAUGUACAGGGGGAGGAGUGCACCCUUGACCUGUAAGGUAACGAGCUCAUUGGCUGCGGUCAUGGCUCAGAUGCUGUCCCACAGGGCAACCCAUGUGUGGGUGGUCGAGGAUGAAAGUGACGAUGUUCUAGUUGGGGUUGUGGGUUAUGCUGAUAUUCUGGUUGCUGUGACCAAACAACCGGCUAAUUUUAUUCCUGCAAAUCGAUCCGUUGAGGGUUUGGCUCAUGAAAUCCAGAAUUGAUUUGUUUCCUUCAUUGCUUUUCUACUUCUAAAUACCCUACUUCUGAGCAAUUUCCCAGUGAAAAGUCAAGUUAGAAUGUAUUAGUGAACUUGGGCUUGUCGGUUUUGCAAACUUUUGAAUGUGUUUGUUUAUGUUGUAAGUACUACUAAUAAUGCGAAUGAAAUCAAUCAUUUCGUAGUUUGUCGUA